AGAAGGUGGUUUUCUUCGUUGACAGCAUGAUUGUUUUCCACUGGAUCAAGUCGCCUGCGAGAAGCUUCAAGGCGUUUGUGUCAAGCAGAGUAGGGGAAAUUCAGAGUUUAACAGAUCCCUCACAGUGGAAGCACAUCCCAGGAACAAUGAAUGCCGCUGAUGAUGUGUCAAGAGGAGUAACUGUUGACAAACUGGCUGAAGUGUGGAAGCAUGGCCCUAGCUUUCUCUACACUGAUGAAUCAGAAUGGCCAGUAGAUGAGCCCGAGGCAGAUCAGCGGGCUGUUGAUAGUGAGCAGAGGAAGUCUCCGGCAGUAUUCUCAGUACAUGAGACAAGUGAAGUACUAGAGUGCAAGAAGUUCUCUAAAUGGAGAAAAUUACUGAGAGUGACAGCCUACGUGAUGAGAUUCGUUAAUAUCUUGAAGUCCAGAAUCCAUAAGGGGUCUCUACCCGACGAGAAGACGACUCUAACUACCACUGAGUUAGAGAGAGCUGAGAUGUAUUGGAUAAAGGUAGCCCAGGAGAGAAUCAAGCCACACUUCAAGAAGGGAGACUUCAAGGUGCUCACUCCUUUCAUCGAUGAGGAAGGGGUGAUCAGAGUUGGUGGUAGAGUGGGAAACAUGGACAUAUCAUAUGAAGCUAAGCAUCCUGUUCUACUCCCAUAUGACCAUGGUAUUUCACUUCUGAUCACUAGGUACAUGCAUGAAUCGGGUCACCAUGGUGUAGCAGCGACGACAGCCAGGACAAGAAAGAGGUUCUGGAUCCUGAAGGGACACCGGCUUGCUAAGUCGGUAAAGCACCGCUGCGUGGUAUGCAGAGCAGCAGCAUGCCAGGCAGAGAUACAGCAGAUGGCCAGCCUACCAAGCAUCCGAGUAGCUCCGUUCACGCCGCCGUUUCAUUUUACGUCGUGUGAUUACUUCGGCCCAUAUCAUGUGAAAGUUAGUCGAAACAAGAAAGCGAAGCACUAUGGCGUGAUUUUUACUUGUUUGAAUACAAGAGCGGUUCACCUUGAGCUAGCAGUAGAUUGUUCAACGCAAGAGUUUCUGCAGGUCCUCAGAAGGUUUUUCGCGAUUAGAGGUCACCCUAAGGUCAUCAUGAGCGACAACGGUACUCAGUUUGUGGGUGCCAAGCGUGAGCUACGAGAGAUGGUGACAGGGUGGGAUGAUGUGCAGCUUAGAGAUUUUUGUGCAGAGAUAGGGGUUGAAUGGCAGUUCACCACGCCAUUAGCUCCACAUCAGAAUGGAUGUGCCGAGGCACUUGUUAAAAGUUGUAAGUUUGCUCUACACAAAGCAGUAGGUAGUCAGUGUUUAACACCCUUUGAGCUGUACACAUGUUUAGUUGAGAUAGCAAACCUAGUAAACCAGCGACCCAUUGGUAGGAUACCGAAUGAUCCAGAUGAUGGAAGUUAUGUUAGUCCUAAUGAUAUGUUGUUAGGAAGAGCGUCGCGAAGUGUACCCCAAGGUCCGUUUAGGGAGACAGAGAAUCCGCGUCAUCGCGUCGAGUUCGUACAGCAUAUAGUAGAUUCGUUCUGGAGACGCUGGUCUCGAGAUGUUCUUCCGCUCCUCGUGCCUAGCAAGAAGUGGAACACAGAGCGUCGUAAUGUACGCGUGGGGGACGUCGUCAUGACCGCAGAAGCAAACGCGGUACGUGGAAAGUGGACAAUUGCCAGGGUGAUACAAGUGUAUCCUGGUGCUGAUGGUAGAGUUAGGAACGUACAGUUGAAAACAGCGGUGGGCAUAUAUCGCAGACCAGUUACGAAGAUAGCGGUUAUUUAUCCCACUGAAGGCUACGAUGAGAGCGUAUAGGAUUUAUAGACAACUCUGAAAAGGUCUUGAACAGAAACUAGAAUAAAACUUCAGUAAAAGUUUUCUAUGUAUUUGUCUAUGUUAAUAUAAUUAAGUCUUGGAUUGAGACUAAGGUAUAUGAGGAAAAGUCCUCAUCCGGGGGGAGGAUGUUUCGCUGAGCGAAAUUUAUUUUGUGGUUUUUUCAGCAAGUCGAAAAUCUUAGAAGAGAUUUUUAGAGUUCAGAUUCUUUGUUUCAUAAGAUAAGAAAAAAGGUUCAUUUUGUUAAUUAUAAUAUCAGGAAAGAUAGAUAUUUAUUCUCUUUCAGCCUAAAUGAAGCAUUUAGGUAUUUUAUAGAAGGUGAAUUGGCAAUUUAAAUAUUUACAAUGUCUGUUGUAUUCAUGAUCGAUGUUUUUUAUAGUAGGAUUUGAAAUGGCCUUUCUUUGAGUAUUUGUUUUUCAAGGAUACCUUACUUUCGACUUCGAUAAGUAGCGAAGCCAUUUUAGUCACUUGUUCGUGUAGUCUGUCGAGCGUCAAGUCACUGGAGAUGAGCUCUCCAGUUUUCCCAGUUUUCCCGUUUUUGUCCUGUUUGACAGUGACAUCAGUGAGCCCAGUUUUUCGGCAGUAAAUUGCUUAGUUCCGGCCAAAGAAAUUGAAUUUUGAUUCUGUGUUGUCUUCGACUCUUCGUUUGAGGAAGCUAAUAAAGACGUCAUAAUCCCA